GCGAAAGAACGAGCUGCCGAAGAAGGACUGGACAGUUAUUCGUGUGAGGAGUUGAGGGGUAUGUUCGGACGGUUGUGUACACGAAUGGUGCAUCGACUGAACGAGACUGAGAUGCAGAACAACGAAAUGAACAUGCUCGCGAAACAGAUUACACAGAUGCAGAACACUCGAAGGACAUUGGAAGAACGUAAACGUCAGCUUGAUGGACCGCCACCAGGUCCACCGCCCGCUCAAGGAGGAGGACCUCUGAAAGCGACGCAACACCAACAGCAACAUCAACCCCCUCCGAUGAUGGAUCAUCGCCGAGAUAGACGCGACAUGGGCAGUAAUAUGCAUAUGGGCAUGAAUAUGAAUAUGGGUAUGAACAUGAACAUGAAUAUGAACAAUAAGCCGACACCUUUAUUGCGGUCGUAUUCGCCGAUUCGGAGAUGGGAAGAGGGUCGAGAGAAUCGACGCAAUAAAAUGAUGAUGCCACAGCAGUCUUCGAACCGACGGCGAUACUCACCCGAGGACUCGAACAGGUCAUCGAAACAUUCGGAGAGUAAAGACGAUAACAACAGGUACGAUAGAGGCUCGUCGAAGCGUCGAAGCCCACUGCAACUCAAAAUGACUCCCGUAUCGCCAACGCCUCAUCGUCAAGGUGGUGGCGGCACAGCGUCACCUCCUCCCCCCAAACAGUCAAAACCACCCAAAAAACCGAUUGAUGAAAGUGAAUUGAGUGAAGGUGAAAUUGUUAGUGAUUGA